AUGGCGGCUUCAAGAUUCGUUACUGUGAAGAACUUAGGUCGUAUGCGUUAUGGACCCGCAAUCGCUAAGAUGAAAGAAACAUGCGAACAGAAAGUCGCCUACCGAAAACGAGUUUCCUGCAGUGAGCCAAUGGACAUUAUAUACAUCGUGGAACAUCCCCCAGUUUAUACCAUAGGGACAAGAACGCAACUCUACUUAGGCCCAUCAACAACUGAUUUCGAGAGGACGGAUGAAAAAUUGAAAAAACUCGGGGCAGAGUUCUAUAAAACAAACAGGGGUGGCUUAAUUACUUUUCAUGGUCCUGGACAAUUAGUUUGCUAUCCAGUUUUAAAUUUGCGCAACUUCAAACCGAGUGCAAGAUGGUACAUAAAUCGGCUUGAGCAAGUUGUAAUUGACACUUGUGCAGACUUUAAAAUUAAUGUUGGAAGGACAGCGGACAUCGGUGUAUGGACUGAGGAUCGAAAAAUUGCCGCAAUUGGUUAA